UAUCUCGAGAUACUUACCUAAUUGUUAUAUAUUUUAGACAAGCAUAUUUGUGAAAAAAACAGCAAUUUAUCUGAAAUUAAACAGUUGGAAAUUAACAUAAGUAUAAUAUCACAAUAUUUAGAAAAGUUAAAUGCCGAAUUAGUUUACCUACCCUGUAUCUAACCACAGAAUGUUUUAAACCCACAUGUUACAUGCCUCAUACAUAAUAUACAUGAAGCUUGGUUACAUCCUCUUUAUCUCACUGAUAAAGGGAUGUCGCUAUUUGCAACAUGAUGUUACUUUUCAAGUGCGUUGUUAAAAUAUCGAUUAUAAGCUCUCGCCACGCGCGAAGCAACAGUUGGAUGGAAUCAACAGGCGAGAACGCGCGGCGCGACACUUACAGCGAUUUAUAAACAAUAUUUUAUUUUUUUAAUUUGAUUUUGUGUGAUGAAUCAACCGAGUAAAGCCAGUAAAUAUGUGUGCCCGAACGACAGACAACUUUCUUUGAGAGCCAAACUUCGAACAGGAUGGAGCGCGGCCCGCAGCGAGCCCCCUUUAACAGUCAGCGAGCGAGAAGCCAUCGCAGCAGUCGUCAAAAGAGCCGAAAAAUUAGACGAGAUCGAAGCUCGACGCGUCGGCCGACUAGUCGCUCGACUAGAAGGCAUGCGCCGCUCCGCCCAAGGUCCAGCGCCAAGAUCCUGUCUACUCUGCGGGGAGACUGCUCGUCUGCUAUCGCCCUUACGAACGUGCUCGAUGUGUCGACACACCGCUUGCUCAAAAUGUGUUAUCGACACCCCGCCUCAUAGGUCUCCCCUUUAUUCCAGAGAAGGGUAUAUGUGCAACCUCUGUGCUGAGACGCGAGAGAUGUGGAAGAAGUCUGGCGCGUGGUUCUACAGGUCUCUUCCGAAGUACAUUCUGCCAGAAAGACGGGCCACAGGGCGGUACAACGAUACGGAACUGGCGCGAUCUUUGCAGGACGCCGGGAACAGCAGUAAUGACGGUAAAACAGACUCCGAGCCGGGCUCCCCGCUGAGUGUGCACGCGCCUUCCUUCUCCCGGCAGCCCAGCAACACGGACAGCAGGAAAUCUGUCGCAUCACCGCACGACGUCCACUACGAGUGGAGUGAGACCGACAUCCUCUCCCACGGCUUCAGCGGCCUCAGCCUUCACAGGACUGACAGCCUGACACAACGCCCUCUAGCGUCACUCAAACGCACCAGCAGUAAAGGCAGCGCUUAUAGUCUUCGCAGCGUGAGGAAGGAGUUAUCAAAACCAUCGAGCCAAAUAGAGAGAGCUCCAGCGAUCCCCGAUGCAGGAUUUGGCACGUUAGAAAUACGUUUGGCUUAUGAGAAUGCCACUUCUUCUCUGGCUGUGACCGUGCUGCGCGCGAGGGGUCUUAUUGGAAUGGACAUGACUGGAUUAUCAGACCCGUUUUGUAGGUUAGAAGUGGUGCCUAGAGAAGGCACAUAUUCCAAUAGAUUACGAACAAAAACUGUUCACAAGACGAAAAACCCGGAGUUCAAUGAGACGCUGCAUUUCUUCGGCAUCACUGAAUCCGAUCUCGCGGUCAAGUCGUUGGAGAUCGUGUUGUUUGAUGAUGACAGAUACGGCUGCGACGAAAUGGGCUCCGCGAUAGUGGCUUUACGGGAAUGCGCGAAGUCGUCCACACAGCUGCGGCUCGCGCUGUCCGGCGCCUCGGGCUCCGAGCCCGCCGGCCCGCGGGUGUUACUUGCCUUAUGCUACAGCACGAAGAAGCGAGCCCUCGUCGUCACAGUCUGCAAGGCUGCUGACCUCCCCCCGCAGGACAGCAAUGGAUACUCGGACCCGUUUGUUAAAUUACAUCUGGACCCCGACCCGUACCACAAAAAACACAAGACCUCGAUAAAAUGGCGCAAUCUCAACCCGAUAUGGAACGAGGAAUUUCUCUUCGAGACCCGCCCUACUGAACUUUCCCGCCAAAAUUUGACACUGACAGUUUGGGAUAAAGAUUAUGGGAAACCCAACGAUUUCCUCGGAAGCCUCGUUCUGGGCGCAAGCAGCAAAGGAAGAAGACUAAAACACUGGAUGGAUUGCAUUAAAUUCCCCGACCAUAGACACGAGCAGUGGCAUUCAUUAACUGACACACAACACCUAUAGACUGUCAGAAUUUCCGCAUCUAAAUGCUGAGUCUAAAUGUUAGCUUUGUCUAUGCUACUGUAAAAAAAUGGAUGUGUUCAGGUGCCAAAGAUAUAAAAAAAUAUAUUCCUAAAAAAUAUUUAAGCCAAUUUAGAUGGUAGAAGGUCAAUAAAGAAUUUAGCCGAAAGUAUUUUUCUAUCAUUAAAUAUUAUAUUAUUAUUUUCUUCCAAAUAUAUCCCUUAAUGAAUUGUCUGUUAUAUAGAAUGUUAUAGUUCUUAAUAUAUUUUAAUGUUGGCGUUCGCGUCCUUUAGCAAAUCUUAUGAAAUAAACUAUUUUAUGUAUCAUCACAGUUAAAUGUAGAUUUAGAAGUAUAUUAAAAGUUAUUCAUUGUUAAAAAAUAAUCGCUGGUGUAUUUUUGUACUUAAAUUUCCGGUUUAUUGUAUGUUUGAAAUGUUAUAAAGUAUUAGAAGUUUCCAUGUUUUUGAAUCUAGUCUAAGCGAAAUAACGACUGCCUUUGUAUAGUGUACCAAUCAAUCACUGUAAUAAAAAAUAAAAGAAAACUCCAA